AUGCAGGCGAGCGUGGUGCGGCUGGCGGCGGCCGUGCUGCGUCUGCUGCGUCCGAGCUCCGCCGCCUGCCCACUGCGCCCGCCCACGCCCACGCCCACGCCCACACCCCGCCCACUCUCCCACCUCGCCACGACACACGCCCCACUUUGCAGCGAAUGGCAGCUUCCAUUUUUCUACAUGUCGGCCGGCGGCUUGCGACUGCUGCUUACAGAACACGGGGCAGAGAGUGCGGAAGAUGACACAAUCAUGCUUGUUAUCGGAAAAGUCACUGUAAAUCCACAUCCGGAGAACCCUAUUUGCAGACGUGUAGUGAACGCGUGUGCGGAGACGAGCGGGUGGGCGACGGGCGCAAGUGCUCCUGAUGGCCGACAGUAUGAAGCACUCGCCCGGGGCGUGGCGCUGCGCUCUGCACGUUUUCAUCAGCUUGUCAGACAGGAGGUAAGCGAAGCAGAAAUUAUGAAAGGCACGGGCGGAGAAAAUCCAGCGUUGAAAUGGAGUCAGCCAACGAUAUCACCUGUCAUCACACCAAUAUUACAUUCUGUGGACGUGGAGUGCGUGGUGGCGCCUACGGUGGUGGUGUACGACGAGGAGGGGCCAACGGUGGCAUGCGGGCCAGCACUUGAGCUCAAUCUCGCCUCCGACUGCUCCGUCGAGCUCGGCCUGCACCAGCUCGCGCUCCUCGUCUCCCUCAGCGAUUCAAUGCAGAAUGCCCUCACACACGGGGUGGAAGACGUUGAUGCAGAUGAGGCUGAGGAGGAGUCGAACACGUGUCCUUACUCGCAGCUGAUCCCCGAGCCGCUGUCGCCCUGGCCAGAUACAGCGCCCAUGCCGCCUACACCAUCCUCCGCGACCGUCGCGCCUACAACCACUGCAAACUCCACACCUGCCUCUCCGUGGACGACGCGAAGUGAUUCGAUGCGGGGAGGCAUGGAUUCGGGUGUGGCGUCGGCCGCCUCGCACUGCGCAGCCAAAUAUAGCUUAAGUGAGGAGCCGCAGGGUCCCAUCAAGAAAAAUGUAUCCAUUGCGCUCGCAAAUCAUAGGAUCGAUCCAUGGGAACAUUUUGAGUUGUUUGUGACAAUGGGGGUGAUCGAAGCGUGUUUGUAUGCUGCGGAUACUGGCGGCAGCGAGUUAGCGCCGCUACGCGCUCGCGAACCGCCAUUGGCCGACCAUGUGCCAGUGUCGGCCCCGCCCAGCGCCACACCGGGCCCCGCCACUGACACAGCGCCCGAAGACCAGUCACGCCCCAAUGUAAUCAUACAUGCAAAUAUCUUUUUUUCUAUUGAACAACAGUUACCAAGAUGUUAUAAAUAA